GUGAAAGUAAAGUGUGAAACUCCACCGCCCUUUAUUUCUGGAACAGACGUCGUGUUACAUUCUGUUCGUUGACAAAUUAGCCUUUCGACUGUUUUGGUUUAUUUUUCUAAACUCCUAAUAGUUUUAUUCACCAGUUACAAACAGCUUUACCUUGGAGUCAGACUUGUUUUGUAGUGAAAUGAAGACCUUUCCGACCUCGGCGGUCUGGUGUUUAGGGAUUCUGUUCAUCAGUGUUUCAUUGAUAACGACAGGGUCGUCUGAGGUUGUUGGACCGGCUGACCCAGUCGUUGCCUUAGCUGGUGAUGACAUCAUUCUACCAUGUUCCCUGAAACCCAGUGUCAGUGCUGAGGACAUGGUAGUGAAGUGGACAGGAUUGUACCUGAAAACGAAAAACGUCCAUCUUUACCGUGAAGGUCGAGACUCCAAUGUGGACCAGUCUCCAUCCUACAGGGGAAGGACAUCAAUGUUUAAUGAAGAACUGAAGAACGGCAACGUCUCCUUAAAGCUGACCAGAGUUACUCUCUCUGAUGCUGGAAGCUACAGGUGCUUCAUUCCAACACUGACCAGCCAGGUGAAGGAAACCACCGUUCAACUCUUUGUUGGUGCUGUAUCCCAGCCAGUGAUAUCUAUUAUUGGAACCAAAGGCUGGGGGGUGGUCCUGAAGUGUGAGUCUGGAGGCUGGUUUCCUGAACCUGAGAUGGAGUGGCUGGACAGUUCUGGAACCAUCCUCCCUGCUGAUGGACCUCCAGAGAGACACAGGGAGGAGGACCUCUACACUGUGAGACGACAUGUCUCCGUGAACCAGACUGACACCAACAGGAUCGCCUGUAGAGUUAAACAGCCGGAGAUCAACCAACUGAAGGAGACAGAGAUUCAUAUCUCAGAUGACGUGUUUCCUAAAUCACAAGUAGGGUUGAUUGUUGGUCUAUCAAUAGCAGCAGCUGUUGUAGUUCUUGCAGCUUCAGCUGGUGGUGUCUACUGGUGGAGAAAACAUAAAGAGAAACGUCAUAGGACGAUGAAGAUGUUUUUUCAACUAAUGACAGGACAUGGUGAAGCCUGGUUUGUGGACAUAAACAGGGAUCACCUCAUUCUGAAUGUUACCAUGGUGAUUCCCAUAGCAUUUUACUUGAUCCGUUCUGAGAUGUACUCUAAGAUCCAUGCUGCCAGGACCAGCCAGAAACAGAUGAGACUGUUGUACCAGGCCCUAGACUCAGGAGGAGACAAGAUGAAAACAGCAUUUUACAGGAUUCUACUGGAUCUGGAACCUGACGUUGUCAAGGACCUGGGUGAACAAAACCUGCCUGGACAGCUGGUUGAUGCCCGGUUUGUGGACAGACACAAGGAUCACCUCAUUCAGAUGGUUUCCAAGGGGAAAUUCAUAGCAUCUGAGCUGCACAAGAAGGACUUGAUCCCUGAUGAGAUGAACUCUCAGAUCAGUGCUGCUGCGACCAGCCAGGACCAGAUGAGACUGUUGUUCUUGGCCCUAGAAGAAGCAGAAGACACAACAAGAGUGAAAUCAGCAUUUUACAGGAUUCUACUGGAUCUGGAACCUGACAUUGUCAAGGACCUGGAGGAGCAAAGACAACGAUGGGAAGAACUACUUGAUGCCCUGUUUGUGGACAGACACAAGGAUGACCUCAUUCAGAAGGUUUCCAAGGGGAAAUCUAUAGCAUCUGAGCUGCACCAGAAGGACUUGAUCCCUGAUGAGAUGAACUCUCAGAUCAGUGCUGCCAGGACCAGCCAGGACCAGAUGAGACUGUUGUUCUUGGCCCUAGAAGAAGCAGAAGACACAACAAGAGUGAAAUCAGCAUUUUACAGGAUUCUACUGGAUCUGGAACCUGACAUUGUCAAGGACCUGAGUGGAUCUGAUGACGACAUUAGUGGAUCUGAUGACGACAUUGAGAAGCUCAAAAAAGAGAACGAGGUCGUCACAAGAGAGAGGGAGAAGCUCAAAAAAGAGAACGAGGUCGUCACAAGAGAGAGGGAGAAGCUCAAAAAAGAGAACGAGGUCGUCACAAGAGAGAGGGAUGAACUCAAAGAAGAGCUGAGGGAAGCUAAAGAAACCAUCCAAUCCCUCUCCACCUCUCCAGAUGGUCAACAGAAAACACAGACUCCUUCCCAAAAGUCUGAGGGGAUUGAAGGGAUGGAGAUGGAGUCUUUACCAGGGAGGAAGUCUGGUCCUGGUCCAGGGAGGGAGUCUGCUCCUGAGAUGAAGCCUUUACUGGGUCCUGCUGGACCACAGAAGGAUGAUCUGGAUGAGCUGGAGAGGGGAGGAAGAGUUACUACAGAAUUUAACUGUGUGCUAUAGGGUUACUAUAGAGAGACUAUAACUAUAGAGCUGAGUUACUAUAGAGAGACUAUAACUAUAGAGCUGAGUUACUAUAGAGAGACUAUAACUAUAGAGCUGAGUUACUAUAGAGAGACAGUAACUAUAGAGCUGAGUUACUAUAGAG